AGGCAGGAGGCUGCUGAAGCUGACCCUCAGGGGUCAGCCGUGGUGGUCAUGGAGAGCCCCUCCUCGUUGGUGGUCGCUAUUAGUGCUGGAGCUCCAGCAGUUCUGAGCGCUUCAGCAGCGGGAGGCUGACUGCAAGGGUUCAGUGGAGGACAGCUCAGAUGGUGCCUUCAAACCUGUUUCCAGAAAUGGGCUUGGCGAUGUCUGGUGUCACUGUUUUCCUCUGCUUCUUCACACUAUUCCUGCUGGUUCUCCGAGUCCAUAAGCAGAAAACCCUGCAACCGAAUUUGCCUCCAGGUCCCAGGCCAUGGCCAGUGGUGGGCAACCUCUUCCAGAUGGGGGAGCAGCUGCACCUUUCCCUCACCAGCCUGAGGGCCCGCUAUGGGGACGUUUUCCAGAUGAAGAUGGGCUCCCUGGCAGUUGUGGUGCUGAGUGGCCACUCCACCAUCCGGCAGGCCCUGGUGCGGCAGGGUGAGGCCUUUGCAGGCCGGCCGGACCUCUUCACUUUUUCUGCGGUGGCCGAUGGCACCAGUAUGACCUUCAGCGAGAAGUACGGCGAAGCCUGGGUGCUUCACAAGAAAAUCUGCAAGAAUGCCCUGAGGACGUUCUCGCAAGCCAAGGCCCAGAACUCCGGCGCCUCCUGCCUGCUGGAGGAGCGCAUCUCUGCUGAGGCACUGGAGAUGGUGGAGGCCCUGCGGGAGCAGGGGGAGAAGGCGGGAGAGGCAGGACUAGACCCAGCCGCACUGCUGGUCACUUCUGUGGCUAAUGUGGCCUGCGCGCUCUGCUUCGGAAAACGUUACGGCCAUGAUGACGAGAAGUUUCUCACCGUAGUGGACAUUAAUAAGGAGGUUCUGCGACUCUUUGCAGCAGGGAACCUGGCCGACUUCUUCCCCAUCUUCCGCUACCUGCCCAGCCCGUCUCUGCGCAAGCUGGUGCGGUACAUCCGCAGGAUGAACGGCUUCAUGGAGGACAACAUCAAGGAGCACCUCCUCACUUUUGAUAAGAACUGUAUCCGUGACAUCACCGAUGCCCUCAUAGCGAUGUGUGAGGAUCGUCAGGAGGACGAAGAGAGAGCUGUUCUCACCGACUCACAGAUCAUUCACACCGUCAUCGACAUCUUUGGUGCAGGGUUCGACACAAUCAUUGCCGGCCUGCAGUGGAGCCUGCUGUAUCUCAUCAAGUUCCCGCACAUCCAGGCCAGAAUCUACCAGGAGAUCGAUGAUCAGGUUGGGUUGAAUAGCCUUCCACGAUUCGAGGACAAGCCAAAAAUGCCAUACAUAGAAGCCUUCUUAUAUGAAGUUUUUCGCCAUGCAUCCUAUGUGCCUUUCACCAUCCCUCAUUGCACAACUGAAAAUAUCACACUGAAUGGAUACUUCAUCCCGAAAGAUACGUGUGUGUUCAUCAACCAGUAUCAAGUGAAUCAUGACACGGAGAUCUGGGGUGACCCGGAAUCAUUCCGUCCGGAGCGCUUUCUCAACCAGUUCACUUAUCUUAAUAAAGACCUGGCCGAAAAGGUGAUGAUCUUUGGGAUGGGGAAGCGCCGUUGCCUUGGAGACAGCUUUGCUCGUCUGGAGAUGUUUGUGUUCUUAACGACCAUACUCCAGCGUCUGCGCAUCGAAAACGUUCCAGGUCAGGAGCUCGACCUCAGCUCUUGUUUCGGUCUGACCAUGAAGCCCAGACCUUACCAGAUCAAGAUUUCCUCUCGGAUGUAGAUCCUCAGCGUUUCUCCCUUAUUAUCUGGUUACAGCACUGACUCAUACCAACACCACGUCCAACAACCAAACAACACCAGUUGACCAGACAGGCUCAACACACCUUUACCAUAAAAAGCUAAUGCUGUUUACAACUGGACUUUGUGUCAGGUUCAUCAUAACCAAUCACACAGCUCAACACAGCUUUUAACGUCUUCUACCUCUGAGAAACAAGAAUCAAGAGAUUAUUGGUUUUUAUGACUUUAAUACGUUCUUAUAACCAACUAAGGCUUGCAUGACUUUUUUGGAAUAGAUGUAUUCAUAAUCCAUGCUGAAACAUAUUCAUGUAUAAGCUUAAGUGAUCGUAAGACUCUGUUAAUAUUCUUAAUAUUAAGAGAUUUGUUUGAAAACAGAGCUUUCAGUGUGAAUUAUCUGUUGUGAUGAGUUUGCGGUCUCUUCUGAAAAUCUAAGAACACACACACACACACAUUGUCUAAGCCACUUAUCCUUAAGGGUUGCAGGGGAGAGCUGGAGCCUAUCUCAGCGGUCAAUGGGCAGAAGGCGAAAAUCUAAGAACGGUGAACAUUAAGUACAGGUUUGACCACUGCAAGUUUUCUUAUGAAUUAAUUGCUAUUAAUUAAAUUAACUCACCACUGCUAAUUAGAACUAUGGCAAGGGAUGCUUGAUGAUGCUAAGAUGUUAAGACAGUUGCUUAAGGAAAUAAUUAUAUAUUUAGAUUUGUGUGAUUUGAUGAUGUACAGUGGAUGCAAAAGUUAGUGACCACUCUUCAUUUAUGUGUUUAAUUUCCAGCGUCCAUUACGUACAAGUUUUUUGUUUUUAGGGAGAUAUCAGUGAAGAGAUAAGGAAGCGAAGAGUCAAAGGAAAUUAGACAAAAACAGCAACAAGAGUUUCCAAAACUGCAAGACCUGGUAGACCACCAAAAAGGACACUUAAAGCUUCCAUCUUUGAGAGAGAGGAGAAAAUCAAGCUGCUUCAUAUCUGAAAAAAUCCUCAGGUGUGUCUGUCCAUCCUUCCACUGAAGACAAUGCUAUGAGACUAAAAGGAUGUGUAGCUCUAAAGAAUAACAUACUUGAAUUAUUAACCAACCUUCUGGUUAUAGUUGGUUAUCAACAACAUUAUAGACAGGGUUAGGUUUAGGGUUAAGUUUAGAUUUAAUUUGAGUCUUUCACACCCAAACUUCAGUUGCAUUUAAUAGAUUUUUAGGUCAGUGUUACUUAAAGACUCCAGACCUCAACAUC